AUGGAUCAUUCUCGAUCUGCUCUGCACGAUGUACACUCCACCUUUUGCUCGGUACCAUCCGGACUUGGCCAUCUUGCUGACACACACUCAACCACCACACAUCUCCUUCAACCCCUACAGGAUACGUGCGCCUCGUUGACCCCGUUGACAUCACCAUUCGAUCAGCUGCAUCAAGCUUUCUAUCCGACUCACAUCUCACUUCAAGAUCCGCUCAGUUUGCAUGUAAAUCAUGCAAAAUUGCCGAAAAUCGAGUUAUCCUCGUGCAAAGAAGAAACCGAAGAAGAGGAGGCUGAUGUGGAAAGAGAUUUGCCUACAAAAGGGACAAAACCCCGAAGACAACGCACGCAUUUCACAAGUCAUCAGCUGAACGAACUCGAGAGUUGGUUUCAACGAAAUCGCUAUCCCGAUAUGGCCACACGAGAGGAGAUCGCCAUUUGGAUCAGUUUGACCGAGCCGAGAGUCAGGGUUUGGUUCAAGAAUCGUCGAGCGAAAUGGCGCAAACGUGAGCGCAACUAUAUGACCGAUCCCAAAACCCUUCAGGCAAGCGCUUUACCUGGUUCAAUGUGCUCCUCUUCAUCGACGUCAAUGUCUCUUCCCCCAUCAAUUCCAUCAAUGUCUUCCCUCGGCGGUCUCCAUUCGGGACUUGGAAGUCUCGGAACGAUUCAGGUUCAAGGCAGCUUCACCCAAACGUUGAUCCCGCAACACCAGAUCGACUCAUUCUAUGGAUAUGGAGACUCCCCAUGGCAUCCCUAUCAGCCUCGCCCCGGUGCAACCACAUUCAAUUGGAGUGUUAAAGGACAAUUUCCAUCACCAACUCCACUCCCCGUUGUGCCCACAAGUUCAGUCUCAUCGUCCACAUCGAGUAUUGACAAAAACCCAAAGCUGAACCUUGACAGCAGCUCUUAUCUCAACUGUCCCUAUUCUGGGCCUCUU